GCAUUUCAAUUUUCGUCGGUUGCGAAUUGAGAGGAGGAAGUUGGAUAGGUUUCCGGUGCCUCUCUCUCUCUGAGCUUGUUCUCUUCCCGAGUCUGUCGCUGUUGAGGAGAGCGAGAGGUUCCGCCCGCCUCUCUCGUCCUGCCGCCGCGAUGGGCUGUACGUUGAGCGCCGAGGAUAAGGCGGCCGCUGAGCGGAGCCGCAUGAUAGACCGCAACCUGCGCGAAGACGGCGAAAAAGCUGCCAAAGAGGUGAAACUGCUUCUACUCGGUGCUGGAGAAUCUGGUAAAAGUACCAUUGUGAAGCAGAUGAAAAUCAUACAUGAGGAUGGCUAUUCAGAGGAAGAAUGCAAACAGUAUAAAGUGGUUGUCUAUAGCAAUACUAUCCAAUCUAUCAUUGCAAUAAUAAGAGCAAUGGGAAGACUAAAGAUAGACUUUGGUGAAGUUGCCAGAGCUGAUGAUGCCCGCCAGUUGUUUGUACUAGCUGGAAGUGCAGAAGAGGGAGUCAUGACUCCUGAACUAGCAGGAGUGAUUAAACGGUUAUGGAGAGAUCCUGGGGUUCAAGCAUGUUUCAGCAGAUCAAGAGAAUAUCAGCUUAAUGAUUCUGCAUCCUACUACCUUAAUGACUUGGACAGAAUUUCUCAGCAGAGCUACAUUCCAACUCAGCAAGAUGUUCUACGGACCAGAGUGAAAACAACAGGCAUUGUAGAAACACACUUCACCUUCAAGGACUUGUACUUCAAGAUGUUUGAUGUUGGUGGUCAGCGUUCAGAACGUAAGAAAUGGAUUCACUGCUUUGAAGGAGUAACAGCAAUUAUAUUCUGUGUAGCGCUCAGUGAUUAUGACCUUGUCCUUGCUGAGGACGAAGAAAUGAAUCGUAUGCAUGAGAGUAUGAAACUCUUCGACAGCAUUUGUAACAACAAAUGGUUCACAGAUACAUCAAUCAUCCUUUUCCUGAACAAGAAAGAUCUGUUUGAGGAAAAGAUAAGGAGGAGUCCACUAACAAUUUGCUACCCAGAAUACCCAGGUUCUAAUACAUAUGAAGAGGCAGCUGCAUACAUUCAGUGCCAGUUUGAAGACCUGAACCGAAGAAAAGACACCAAGGAAAUAUACACUCAUUUCACCUGUGCCACUGACACAAAGAAUGUGCAAUUUGUUUUUGAUGCUGUUACAGAUGUUAUAAUUAAAAACAACCUGAAGGAAUGUGGACUCUACUAAAAAGAGAGUGACAGUGAAAAGAUGUGGCGUUUUGAGAACUGGACUGUUUGCUGCCUUGUGGGACAGCUGCAAGCAUGAACAGGACCAGGGAAUGAAAACAGCAUGCAAAAUCCUUGCAUUCUUUAGCACAAUCUUCUGUACUAGGGACCUUUUUAUUGAUAAUGGGAUGCGGAUGUUAGAUUCCAAAAAUGGAACUACUGUUAAGUGUGAUUUUUUUGAUCAUGCAGGCAUCAUAUGGAUUGCAUAGUCUCAAAUGUGUACAGCUGUUACGAAGUUGAGAUCCCUGAUCUUCAAUAUGUAGCUUUCUUUCUUUAAUAAGCCACUGCUGCUGUUUUAAAGGUUUUUCCAUCAAAACUAUAUCUUUACUAAAUUUUAUUUCCUUAUUUGCAAACUUGUUUUAAAAACAAACAAACAAAAAUACUUAACUAUGCACAUGAUGUGACCAGAUCAUGCAGAAAGUAUUCCUCUUAGCAGGAACCUUUUGUUUUUAAGACUUGGUAUGGUCAGAACUUGAUAUUACUGCUACUACUUAAAAGGGCCUUAGGAUUCUUAUGGCUAAAGCUAUGGCUUCUUCUAAUGUAUAAUCUGUUACGAGUCUGCUACAUACACUGUAAAGUGCUCCAAUCCCCCCAGGUAGAUUUCCUGUCGCAGGGUAACAAGUCUUGUUUGACUUAGAGUUGGAGGAGUGGGUUAGCCUGGGUUAUGCUGAGUACCAAAUCACUGAGUGUGCUACUGAUGUAGCAGGUGGAAUUCUUAUAUUAAAUGCUUAAUUAGCUUCUAGGUAAAAAGAUGAAUUGUAAAAUUACAAACUGGAGGGGGAAGAGAGUGCUACAAAGCUACUUAAUCAACCACUUAAUUGUUUGUGUGUGUGUGUUUGGUCUUAAACCAGUGGGAAGUUUUGUAGAUGGUGCAAUUUGUUCUGCAUUUCCCAGGGCCUUUAUCAUUGGAGAUUUCAAAAAUGUAUCAAAAGGAUGCUUUUACUUUGUAAAUGUGGUGCCAAGUUCCUAUUUGCCAUUGUUUUUACUGUAGUGAUGUUAUUAACCAGAGUCUGUACAUUUAUUUGCUGAAACCAUUACACUGACUCUUUUCUAAUUUGUCAUGUACAGUUUCAACCAGUUGUAGUCAUUGGCAAUAUUAAAAUGGUGAGUUAAAAAUCUU